AUGCCCCAACCACAAACAUACCGUAGAAGGGUGUCUGUCGCUUGUGAAGUUUGCCGAAGGAAACGAAUCAAGUGUGAUGGUGCCAAACCAUCUUGUGCUGGAUGCUUGAGCUACGCGGAAAACUGCGAGUAUAAAUAUGAUAAGGAGAAACGCAAGCCACCAACCAAGCAGCACAUACAAGCUCUGAAUGCUCGUAUAGAAUUUUUGGAGUCGCAAUUAGCAAAAUAUCAGCCCCAAGAAAGCGAUAAAAUUAGUAAAACAACUCACCAGUUGCAGAGUCAGGAUGGCAAAGUGGGAAAUAAAGAUAUUUCUGGGGCUCAGUCUGAAUCCCUAGACCCUAUUGAUGAUAUCACCGAUGUCCUUGGGGGCCUAAGCAUUGGAGAAGGCGACCAGCUGCGGUACUUUGGCUCGCGCAGCAAUCUCAGCUUUAUGGAACGACAGGGAGCAAAGCCCUUUACCUUUCGCCAAAACCCAAACCGGCCAUUACAGCCAAUUGGUGUAGAUCCCGAAAUCCGAGAAGAACUCCUCGAUAUCUACUGGAAUUGGCAGAAUCCUUGGCAGUAUUUGGUUUAUCAAAAAGUGUUUCUCAGGAGUCUGGAAGCUCAAUUGGAUGAUGGAUACUGUACCCCGUUGCUUCUUCACUCCAUGCUAGCCUUGGCAGCGAGAUACUCUGAUAAUCCUAAAGUCCGCACUGUCCCUAAUGAUUCGAGUACUGCAGGUGACGGUUUCUCCCAAAAGGCCCAGGCUCUCCUGUUCGAAGAGAUCAAGGCCCCACGAGUUUCAACAAUAGUGGCCGCCGCACAUCUAUCUCUAUUUGAAAUGGCCAAGGACAAUGAACCAUCUGGUUGGAUUUACCUCGGUAUUGCCAUUCGAAUGGCAUAUAACCUAGGGCUACAUAUCAACCCACAUCUAUGGGUUUCUUCGGGAUCAAUGACUCCCGACGAGGUUGAGCUGCGGUCAAUCGCAUGGUGGGGUUGUUACAUGAUUGAAAAAUUGUUUACUGUCGGCAUUGGUCGACCAAGUAUCAUUAUUGAGCGCGAUAUACAGGUCGAUUUUCCAUCCAAUUUAGCUGAUGUUGAAUAUGGCCAAUGGAAUGGACACUCGAUAUCCUCAGUUAGCCAUCCAUCUCUAUCGUACUCUAUCACUACUUUCAUCAAGACAUGUCAACUUUUGCGAUUAGCAGCUCGUCCACUAGAUGACAUUUAUAGCCCUGGACAUAUUGUUUCCUUGACCGAAAAGAAAAGCAUAAUGACGAAGACUGAUAUAGCAUUAACUGCUCUCUAUAAUAACUUGCCAAGUGUUCUUCGCCUGCCACCAACUCCUUCAAGGCCCUUGCCACCGCAUAUGUAUUGUUUCCACAUGCACUUUUACACCUUGGUUAUUCUUCUCCAUCGACCAUUCAUCGCUAUACCUAGUGAUAACGGCCCUUCCCGUCGCUCCAUAAAUGAAUCCGCCACUACAAGCUUGGAAACAUGCAUAAAAGCCGCAGAAAAAGUAACAGUUCUGUUCAGGGCUUACGCUAAGUUCUUUACCUUGAGAAAGGUAUCGAUAUCCGUAGUUGAUCCUGCCCGUACCGCUGCAUUCAUCCAUCUUUUCAACAUGACCUCCAAAGACCGUCAAAUAAGGGAUAAAUCUAGACAGCUUUUCCUAGAAACGCUUCAUUACUUGGAGCAAAUGAGCAUCGCCUGGGGAUGGUCAAAGCGUUCAGUACGGGCACUUGGCCUGGUUUCACAGAAAUGGAGGGUCCAUGAUAUUGUGAAGAACAGGGGCCAGUCACCUGUUGACUCCUCUCUUGUGUAUCAAGACGAACGCCAAAAUCAGGGUUCAGAGAUUGCAGGUAGCUUUGAUGCAUGGCUGCAGGACCCAUUGGACUUACCAUUAGCGGUUCAGGCUGCGGAAGAUAGUAGCCCUUUGCUUGGAGGGAGCUUACAUAUGGAUCAGGAGUUGUUCAAUCCCCACAAUUUUCUAUCCGCAGGUGAUGAUGCAUUCUUGUCGGGUCCUCUUCCCGAUACCGACUGGGAGCAUGGGUUCGAUCUAUGA